AUGAGCACUAAGGGCAAGUGGCUCACCAUCGAGCAGAAGUGCGAGCUGAUCGCACAGCACCGGUGUGAGCCGGCCGUCAACUAUACGCAGCUGGCGCUGUGGGCCAAAGAUCGCUUCGAGCUAUCAGUGCCGCCGACGCGUCAGACCAUCCGCAACAUCCUCAAUGCGGCGGCUGACAUCGAGGCCAAGCGACUCAGCGACAACGUGACAGCGAAGGGCCGCAGACUAUGCGUACGCUCGAAGGAGCUCGAGAACCGCUUGGAUAAUUACGUCAAAGAUGCCCAGUCCCAUGGUGUGAGGCUGACGCGGCGAAUCUUACACGCUCGCGCCAGGGAAAUUCUCGACGCCAUGGAAAACCCACCGGACCACAAUUUGUCGGUCGGGUGGCUAACUCGUUUUAUGAAGCGCCACGGCUUGCGCUUUCAGAAAGAGCGAGAAGGAGUAGCCGAGGGGGAGGCUAGAAGUAGCGAACCUGUCGCUCAUGUGGCCGGACCAGCCUCUCACGCUGGGAACUUGCAAUUGCAGCCUGUCCUAGGACAAGAUGCAGAAGCAGAGCGUGCGCGCGUGGAGAACCUUCGACAGAAGGCCAAAAAGAGGCUGCGCGAGAUCGAGAAAGAGGCCAGGGAGCUCAGGAAAUAUCUGCGCAGGAUCGAUGAGGCCACGAACGCGCACCAGGCAUUAAUGCAGUAG